AUGGGGGAAUGGACCAUAUUAGAGCGUCUCUUGGAGGCGGCUGUGCAGCAGCACUCUACUAUGAUCGGAAGAAUCCUGCUGACUGUGGUGGUGAUCUUCCGGAUUCUAAUCGUGGCGAUAGUCGGCGAGACUGUGUACAAUGACGAGCAGUCGAUGUUCGUGUGUAACACUUUACAGCCAGGCUGCAACCAGGCCUGCUAUGACAGGGCUUUCCCCAUUUCCCACAUCAGGUACUGGGUGUUCCAGAUCAUCAUGGUGUGCUGCCCCAGCCUCUGCUUCAUCACCUACUCUGUGCACCAGUCCGCCAAGCAGAGGGAGCGGCGCUACUCCACGGUGUACCUCUCCCUGGACAGAGAGCAGGAAUCAAUGAAAAGAGACGACAGCAAGAAGAUCAAGAACACCAUCGUGAACGGAGUCCUGCAGAAUACUGAAAACUCCAACAAAGAGGCAGAGCCCGACUGCCUGGAGGUCAAGGACAUCCCAAACUCAGCCCUGCGAACUACAAAGUCAAAAAUGAGAAGGCAGGAUGGCAUCUCCAGGUUCUACAUCAUCCAGGUGGUGUUCAGAAAUGCACUAGAGAUAGGGUUUCUGGUGGGUCAAUACUUCCUGUAUGGAUUCAAUGUCCCUGCAGUGUAUGAGUGCGAUCGAUACCCUUGCAUAAAAGAUGUCGAGUGCUAUGUUUCCAGGCCCACAGAGAAAACUGUGUUUCUGGUCUUCAUGUUCGCAGUCAGUGGCAUUUGCGUGGUGCUGAACUUGGCAGAGCUCAACCAUCUCGGCUGGAGGAAGAUAAAAACUGCUGUGAGAGGAGUGCAGGCCAGGAGGAAGUCCAUUUAUGAGAUCCGUUCCAAAGACUUGCCCAGGAUGAGUAUGCCAAACUUUGGGCGCACUCAGUCCAGUGACUCUGCAUAUGUGUAG